UGUCUUUUUGUCUUGCAGAAGAUGAAGCCCAUCGUCCAAAGAAGACAAUCUACCUCAUGUGCCAUUACUAAAGCUCUUGGUAAAUCAAAGUCCCAUUCCAGGGAAACUACUCUUUCCUUUUCCCAUUCAGACAAUGGGCUACCAAGUGGGGUGUUCAGCAGCCCAGGCUCCACCUUCAUCCUGGAUGAGCGAGUGCAGCUAACUGUGGGCCUUCAGACCCAGGAAAGACAUCUGAUUUUGUUCAGUGAUAUGCUGGUCAUUUCCAAAUCCAAAUCCUCCUCCAGCCUGAAGCUGAAAAAGCAAGUGCAUCUGAGUGAAGUGUGGACCGGCACCUGUCUCAGCAAAGUGACAGAAAAAAAGAUGAGUCCUGAGAAUUUGUUUGUCAUUGGCUGGCCUAUCACCAACUAUGUUGUCACCUUCAGCUCAGCUGAUGUGAAGGAACGAUGGCUGUCAGCAUUACUGUGGCAUACCAAUGAGGUAAAACAAAAUGACUAUCUGAAGAAUCUGACCCUUCAGAUCAUUGUGCUGGAUGAUGACAACUGUUCUUCUACUACUGCAGUCAAUGUGUCCAGUGUGGAAACUGCAGAGAGUGUGAUGAAGAAGACCCUUCUACAGCUUGGGCUCCCUGGCAGGACCAGUGAACACCACCUCUGUGUGGUCUCAGGAAAAGAUGAGCCUGCUUACCCUCUCAUUGGGCACAAGCAUCCCUUCAGCAUCACCUUGAGCUGUCUCCAGGACUCUGCUGACCAGCAACAAAGAACCAACAAUAACACUCUUCUGGCUGAUGGGACAGAGGCUUUCUUCCUUGCUCAGCUCCCAAAGGAAAAACAGUGUCAGUUUGUUCUGAAACCCAGACUCCAAGCUCCGAUGCAGCUGAGGAGAGAGUUACUGCAGAAACACACCAAGAGGAAGAAGUCCUUGAUUGACUGGGCCCUGCACCGCAGCAGCAGCACCCCCACAGGCAGCCCUUCUUCACAGUCACCUACCACACCACGGAAACUCUUUGGCCUGUCCCUGUCCUCUGUCUGUCCUGAUGGAAUCCUUCCCAAGCCAAUCAUGGAUAUGCUGCUCCUCUUGUACCAUGAAGGUCCCUCUACUAGGGGCAUUUUCAGACAUUCUGCCAAUGCCAAGACUUGCAAGGAAUUGAAAGAGAAGCUGAACUCUGGAGAUGAUGUUCAGGUGGAUGGAGAGUCAGUCUUUGUGGCUGCAGCUGUUAUCACGGAUUUUCUCCGAAAUACACCUGACAGUGUUCUAUCCUCAGACAUGCAUGGACUGUGGAUGGAAGCUGUGGACACAAAAAAUCGGGCACAUAAGAUUGAAGCUAUCAAAAGUCUCAUCAAGCAGCUUCCAGAGGCCAACCUCAUCUUACUCAGACACCUCUUUGGAGUUCUCCAUCAUAUUGAGCAGAAUUCUGGAAUGAAUCAGAUGAAUGCCUUUAACCUGGCUCUUUGCAUAGCACCCAAUAUGCUGUGGCUACCGAGUUGCACUGGGCCUGAAGAGGAGAGCCAGUCUACAAAGAAGGUGGCCUUGUUAGUGCAGUUUCUGAUUGAAAACUCAGGAGAGAUUUUUGGGGGUGAUAUUGUUUCCUUGUUCCAAAAACCUGAUAAAAAGAAGUCUAAAACCUCAGCAGAAUCUCUGGGCUUGGCUCAGCAUGAUGAUUCCUUUGAUGAGCUGGAGUUUUCCAGUUCUGAUCCAGAUUGGCCAAUGCACCACCUGGAAUCUGAAACAGAUGCCAUUUUUGAGGCACCCAGCAGCUUGUUACUUGACGAGGCUCAGGAAGACUGGGAUUUGUUCAGUGAGAUCAUAGCCUGCUACCAAAGCAAAGCCCAGACCAACAGCAGCGCAGACAGCUAUGAGCUGCUGAAGGAGGUUGGCUCCUUCUGUUCCAUCAGCUCCAUACACUCGCUCAGCCCGGCCAGGGACCAGUGCUCCUCAGAACCCAGCGUCUGCCUCAGCCCCAGCGUCUGCCUCAGCUCCCAGCUGCCCACACAGAGCCACGAGCCAGUGGCCUGCCAGUCCAGCUGCGAUGCCACCAUCAUGAGCAGCCACACAGACUACAUCCACAGGCUCAGGCAGCUGCAAAUGGAGAUGGAGAGUCAGAAGCUGAUUGAUGAAGGCCUAAGCCCUGGGGUUAAUAAGGCCAGGCAAAACUUGUGGCAACCACCUCAGACCACCUCCAGGGUGAAGCAGCUCAGCCUUCAGAAGUCCAGCAUGUCAAACAGGUCCAGCUUCUCCAGCCUGUCCUCUACCACCACCUCCCUGUCUGCCUCCUCACUCAGCUCCUUAGACAGUGCUUUCUCCUACUGCUCAGAGUCAUCAGCCAUUAGCCCCACAGGUGUCUCAUCCCUUCCAUUCAUGUUUGGCACUUCUGCCAGGCUUCAUGCUGUGUCUCCCACGGCUGCCAAGAGGUCCCAAAAAGAGUGGCACAAAUCCUUCACAUCUCCUAUGCCUUUACAUCUGUGCAAUCUGGACAGUUUUCAUGAGGAUGAACCCAAGGCUGGAGAGAGCAGUCGUUGCUCUGGAGAGCAGAAAAGUUUUCCAUGUGUCAGCAGAGCUGCCAUGGGAAGCCCAUUCACUGAUAUUGACUGGGAAGAAGAGGAGAGACAGCUGAGUUGUUCAGGGUGCCCUGGCCCAGGGCUCAGGAGCCAGGAUUAUACCAGAGAGUUUGAGCAAAGCCCUGAGUACCCAGCUACCAGCCCAUCCAGUGAGACAUCCCCAUAGGUCAGCCACCAGCAGCACAGGGAGAAGACAGUGAAGAACAUAGAAAUCAAAGGCAUUGAUGAUUGCCCUCUGAGCCAGGAAAGACUGAAGGGUGCCAAGAUAACUUUUUAUGUGGCCCCAAAUAAAGAAAGCUCUUGGGGGUCUCAAGUGGGAGAAGAAGAGAGAUCUGUGACAAACACCAGCAGCAGAGACUCACCCAGCAGCAGCAGUGAGCAGAGCCUGUCCAAGAGUUUGCAGACUGUGAGAGUCCACAUCCCCCAGACAGUUUUCUAUGGGCAGAACACCCCCCUUGUCCUGCAGUCCAUCUCCAGGCACUACCACCAUGAACCGAUAGUCCCACCCCUGCAGGCCAAGCACAGAGAGAGCCCCCAAAGUGCCUCUGCUCCUGAGGAGCUGGAGAGGCAACCAGUGGAAAUGGCGCAGGCACCAACACAGAGCAAGGGCUUUGACAUGUUCAACCACACCAACCGCAUCAUCCUCCCUGACUCCAUCCGAAACACCAUCAGGGACUAUUUCAAGCACGAUGAAGCUGAGCCCUGUCCCACAGCAGAGGUGGAAGCAGUGGAGAAGGAACUCCUCCAGAGCAGGGUGGAGUGGCUCAGGAGCCAGCUUCUGGCAGAGGUGGCCGCAGAGGAGCAUGACACAGCAGUGUUUGCAGAAGAGACAUUUGUCUAAGGCGAUGGAUGUGGAGGAACUAA